AUCAAUUGCAGUCUUAAAAAAUAAUGAGGAGAUGCAAGCAAAUAACACUAAGUGGAUUAGAACUAUAAUAGUGCACAUUUAAUUAACCAAAUGUGAACCUCUACAGUUCUUUAUCACCCGUUAUUUGUUUGUUAUAAUUAGCAAAACUGUCUGGAAAUCCUUACUUAUAAUUAAGAAUAAUUUGUGAUUUGUCCAGAGGUUGUUGUGUAUCGAAAUUAACAUGAUGUGAUUUUCAGUGUUUUCCUGAAUACGAAACCACAAUAAAUUUGAACUCACUAGAGCCCUCACAAAUUUUACACCGGUUUGACAAGACAGUCAGAUGUCAGACCCAUAGAACACUAUGGAAAUAACAGCUGUCUGUCAAAUACUUCAGUUUCGAAUGAAAUGUAGGACAAGAUUAGCAGUUACAUUUUCAAACGACUUUAGGGUUUUUUCAUUCUCCCACCUAUUCCUAAGAUAUGCUUUAUGAGACCAGAUUAUGUGGAUUUGGGAUAUUUUGAAAUUCAUUCAAAACUUGAGUUUGAUAGGAGCCAAUUGAUUCGAUCUGCUCUCGGCCUCCUCAUGCUAAUAUGUUCAGAAAGACUGGUCAAUUCAAUCCCGUUCUAUUAUAUAUCUGUUUAAUAUCAGAAAUGAGUAUCAGUCUUGCUGAAAGUGAUCCUGAAAUUAUGGCAUUAUGUAGGGAGGAAAAAGAACGUCAGAAACUUGGGUUGGAGUUAAUAGCUUCAGAGAAUUUCACAAGCAAAGCUGUCCUGCAAGCCUUAUCGUCUUCGUUUCACAACAAAUAUUCUGAAGGCCAAGUUGGUGCUAGAUAUUACGGUGGUACCGAAAUCGUAGACAAAAUGGAAGCUUUGUGCAAGAAGCGUGCUCUCGCCUUAUUUGGUCUUGAUGAGACUGAAUGGGGUGUUAAUGUUCAACCCUAUAGUGGAUCACCGGCUAAUUUCGCCAUAUAUACGGGGUUGGUCGGUCUUCAUGGUCGUAUUAUGGGAUUGGACUUGCCAGAUGGUGGACAUCUUACUCAUGGAUACCAAGCUGCAUCUGGUCGAAAGGUUUCUGCCACAUCGUUGUUCUUCGAGUCUGUUCCUUACAAAGUUGACCCUAAGACUGGAUGGAUAGAUUAUGAACGAUUGGAGAUUGUAGCAAGAUCUUUUCGUCCUAAAUUGAUUGUUGCAGGAACUUCAGCAUAUGCUCGUCACUUGGAUUAUCCGAGAUUUCGACAAAUUGCAGAUUCAGUUUCAGCUGUGUUACUUGCUGAUAUGUCUCAUAUUGGUGGUCUGGUUGCUGCAGGUCUUCACCCUUCUCCUUUCAAGUAUGCUGAUGUAGUGAUGACCACUACUCAUAAAACAAUUCGUGGACCGCGAGCUGCGAUGAUAUUCUAUAGAAAAAUGGCCAGAUCAAAAGAAAAUGGUGUUGAAAAUGGAUGUCACACUGAUCCUACUUCAACAGACUUUGAACGUCGUAUUAAUGAAGCAGUCUUUCCAGGUUUACAGGGUGGUCCUCACAAUAACACUAUUGCAGCUAUAGCUGUUUGUUUAAAAGAAGCUGCAUCAUCUGAAUACAAAGUUUACCAAGAGCAAGUGCUCAAAAAUAUGAAACAACUUUGCAAAUCAUUAAAAGCUUAUGGUUAUGAGCUUGUGACUGGAGGUAGUGAUACACACUUAUGCUUGAUGGAUCUUCGCCCAUUAAAAAUAGAUGGUGCUCGAGCUGAGAAAGUUUUAGAAUUAGUUCGUAUCUAUGCAAACAAGAACACUUGUCCUGGUGAUGUUAGUGCUUUGAGACCUGGUGGCUUACGCUUUGGAAGUGCUGCGUUAACAUCACGAAAUUUCCAUGAAGAAGAUUUCGCUAAAGUUUCAGAAUUCAUACAUGUUGGAAUUCAAAUAGCUGUUAAAGCUAAUGAACUUGCUAACAGCAAACUAUUAAAGGAUUACGAAGUUGUUGUUGAAACAAAUGUUGAAGUACGUUCAAUGAUUGAAAAGUUGAGACUUGAAAUUGAGGAAUUUGCUUCAAAAUACCCUCUACCUGGACUAGAUUUUUAAAAAUUAUAAAAUGUACUAGGUUUUGAUAUUUUUUAAUAACUAAAUUUUAUGAUGUA